AUGAGCUCCAGGGCCCCUACCUCCCUGCUGCUCCUCCAGCUGCUGCUGUCGCUGCUGCUGCUACAGGCGGAGAGCCACCGGCCUCUACGGCGAUACAAGAGGAGAUGGGUUGUCACCACCUUGGAGCUGCAGGAGGAAGACACCGGACCCUUUCCCAAAUUUGUUGGAGAGCUGUUCAAUAAUAUGUCAGUUAACAUGGCACUGAUGUAUUUAAUCAGUGGACCAGGUGUGGAUAGAUAUCCGGAGAUUGGCUUGUUUUCUAUAGAAGAUCAUGAGAAUGGAAAAAUCUAUGUUCACCGCCCUGUUGACCGAGAGACGACACCAUCUUUUACGGUUUACUUCGAUGUUGUGAACCGUUUGACAGGAGAGUACGUGGACAACUCCUUGAUCUUCAACAUCAGGAUCACUGAUGUGAAUGACCAUGCACCCCAGUUCCCCAAGAAUGAAUUCAGUGUCAGUGUGAGAGAGAGCCACGCAGCAGGUCAGCCUGUUCUUCAGCUGUUAACGGUUGAUUUGGAUGAAGAAAAUACUCCAAAUUCUCGAGUCCUUUACUUCCUUGUUUCACAAAAGCCGUUACUGAAGGAAAGUGGCUUCGAGAUCGACCGUGAUAGUGGAGAAAUCCGACUCUUGGGAUGCUUAGAUUAUGAGACUGCUCCUCGGUUCACACUGCUAAUCAGAGCGAGGGACUGCGGGGAGCCACCGCUGUCGGCCACGGCCACGGUUCACAUCAGCGUGCAGGAAGGCAACAACCACAGGCCCACGUUCAUCCAGGAGAACUACAAGAUUCAGGUUCCCGAAGGCCGAGUCAGCCCGGACGUGCUGCGUCUCCCGGUCCAGGACGAAGACUCGCCGUUCACGUCAGCUUGGAGGGCAAAGUUCAACAUAUCCAAUGGCAACGAAGGGGGACAUUUUGACAUUUCGACUGACCCUGAGACCAACGAAGGGAUACUAAAUGUUAUCAAGGCUUUGGAUUACGAAACGCAUCCCGCGUCCAGCCUGGUCAUUGCCGUGGAAAACGAGGAGCUGCUGGUCCCCUGCGAGGUCGGCGAACUACAGAAGCCCAGGAGGAAGGCUGCAGCCAGCGCCAUGGUGCUGGUGCAGGUGACAGACGCCAAUGACCCGCCAGUCUUCCACCCCAGGAGCUUCGUGGUCAGCGAGGUCGAAGGCGCCAGGCCCGGGACGCGCCUGGGAAGGUUUAACGCUACAGACCCUGACGGAAGCGGCAGCCAGAUAAGGUAUGAGCUGGCUCACGAUCCUGCAAGCUGGGUCACCGUGGACGAGCGCUCGGGAGCGGUUGUCACCAGGCAGCGGCUGGACCGAGAGUCCCCACACGUGAACAAUGGCGUGUAUGUCAUCAUCGCACAUGCUGUUGAUGAGGGUCACCCGCCACAGACGGGGACGGGGACCCUGACGCUCCUCCUGUCCGACAUCAAUGCCAACGCCCCGAGUCUGCACCCGCGCUCUCGGUACCUGGAGGUCUGCGAGUCCUCGGAGCCCGAGCCGCUCCUCAUUGAGGCCGAGGAUGGCGACCUGGAGCCCUCCUCGGACCCGUUUACUUUUGAACUGGACACCACGCAGGGACAUGCAGGAGACACGUGGAAACUGGGGGAAAAUCGGGGUCGGUCGGUUGAACUUUUAAUGCUGAGAAGCUUGCCUCCUGGCGAUUACUCAGUGCCACUUUCCAUCGGAGAUGGACAGGGCCUUUCCCAGAAGCAGACUGUCCACGUGAGGGUCUGUUCCUGUCCUGGCGGAGCCACGUGUGCGGCGGAGCGAUUAGCUGCCGGACCAGAGCUCCCUGUGGGGGUCCUUGCUCCUCUCUGCAUGGUGUUCCUGGCUCUGGCAGUCGCUCUGCUUCUCGUGCUGCGAUGCGAUUGCGUGUCUGGAGCCCAGAGGCACAGCUGCCCCGCCCUGCACCAAGAGGGCCUGCAGACCCUGAUCAUGUACAACGACGAGAGCAGAGCCAUCGCAGGCCAGGUAAGGAAACAGCACUUUGUGUUUCGUGACAAUGAUGUCGAUAAUAAAUCUACCUAUUUUCCCACUCACUGUAUAGGGUCAGAGGUCAGGAAUCAGAAGCCAGCCCUGCCCACCCACACAGCGGAGGAAGGCGCUGCGCUGGGUGCUAAGGUUUACCUGGAUACCAGGGUGCCCAGACAACCCUUGGAAGUGAGGGCAGGAGUGAUGGCGGAGAUCCUGCAUCAGCUGGGGCUGCAGCCACAACAGACCGAGGCUUACACAGGCCUGCUUCUCACAGUCCUGGGCCUGGGGCCUGAGAUCGGGGGCCAGCAGGGGCGGGUGCUCUCCUCAGCACAGGCAGUGGGCAGUUGGGCAAAGCCAUGGGUGAUUCCAGAGGAGGAGCCUGAGGAGAGCCGUGUCACUGAGGGAAAGCUGGGGCUCAGCCCCGUGGUAGUGGAAGUGCAGAGGAGCCUUGCCCCACCGCCUGCCUCCUCCAGCUCUGAGAUGUUUGAUUCUGAGCGUCUUCAGGCCCUGGGAACGAGCCCUGUGGGGAAGAACCUGGCCUUCACCUCCUCUAAGCUCAGUGGGCUCCAUGUGCUGGCCGCAGACCCCGGGUCCCUGCCUCACAUCUACAUGGAGGAGGGGGAGCUAGAAGGGGCAGAAAGUCUGAGCUCACUUGCCUUCUCAGAGCAUACACCGUCACUGCCCAGCCUGCUGGACUGGCUGGGGCCCAGGCCUGAAGACAUGCAUCCCAGAGCAUCUCCUAAAAGUGCAAGACAUUAUGGUCCAUUGAAAUAAUCCUCCCUCCCUUCCUCCCU